AUGGCGCUCACAGAGGAGGAGGAAGAUCUUCUUCCAAGUGGCAGCCAAGAAAGCAUCUAUGUCGAGGUCCGGAACCACGUCCUGACCAGAUGGAGAGAGGACGUCUCCAGGUAUCUGUCAGUGGAGCAGGCGGAGGCUGGAGUGAAGCCAGACCUGCGCAAGUAUGCCAGAGUAGCCUGGACAUUCCUCAACACAGCAGGGUACAUCAACUUUGGGGUCGCACCGGACAUUGCAGCCAAGGCUCUGAAAACACCAGCCACUCGUGGGACUGUCAUCAUUAUUGGUGCAGGCUUGGCAGGUCUCUCGGCUGCGCGCCAGCUGCGCAUAUUCGGAUUCCAGGUGGUGGUGCUAGAGGGCCACGGCAGGCCAGGAGGCCGCGUGUACACAAAGCGACUUGAGGCUGACGGGCACGCAGCGGUGGCGGAUCUGGGCGGCAGCAUCAUAACUGGCAUUGAUGGCAACCCGCUUGCAGUGCUGGCAGCGCAGCGCAACAUCCCCAUGCAUGACAUCAACACUGCCGGGGUGCCGCUGUAUCUGGAGGACGGCCGGGAAGCCGACACGCGCAUUGACGGCCGGGCUGAGAAGGAGCACAAUACGCUGCUGGACGAGUGCGACAGGUUCAGGGAGGACAUGGGGGAGAUCACCGACAACAUCUCCCUUGCCACCGCCCUGGAAACCAUCUGGGCCUCCAGACGGGAGGACGCGCAGCUGGAGCGGCGGCUGCUGGACUGGCAUUUUGCCAACCUGGAAUUUGCCAACGCGGCGCCGCUCAGCCUGCUGUCCCUGCGCACCUGGGACCAGGAUGACCCCCACGAAAUGCAGGGGGCCCACACCUUCCUCCCAGGUGGGAACCUGAGGCUGGUGGCAGCACUUCAAGAGGGUCUGCCCAUAAUGUACAACAGCGUGGUGAUGGAGAUCCGGUACUCAAAGAACGGCGUGGUUUCUCCUGGGUUUGCAUUUUGCCUUGCAGGUGUUGCAGUGCUGGUGACGGUGCCACUGGGCGUGCUGAAAGCUGGCAGCAUAAAAUUUGACCCACCUCUGCCGCAGCGCAAGCUCGACUCUAUCCAACGCAUGGGUUUUGGCGUCUUGAAUAAGGUGGUCAUGCUGUUCCCGCAUGCCUUCUGGCGCAAGGCGGACAUGUUUGGGCGCAUUGCGCCGAGCCGGGAGUGCCGCGGCGAGUUCUUCCUGUUCUACUCCUAUGCGACCAUCUCCGGCGGGGCCGUGCUGGCGGCUCUGGUAGCCGGUGAUGCAGCUGUGGACUUUGAGAAGACAGCAUCGGAGGAGUCGGCGCGCCGGGUGCUGGCCACCCUCAGGGGCAUCUUCAACCCCAAGGGAAUCCACGUGCCCGCGCCCCUGCAGGUGGUGUGCACGCGGUGGGGCGCGGAUCCGAUGGCGUGCGGGAGCUACAGCAGCAUAGCGGUGGGCGCGCUGGGAGGCGAGGAGUACGACAUCCUGCAGCAGUCCGUGGCCGGCCGCCUCUUCUUCGCGGGGGAGGCCACCACCAAGAAGCACCCCGCCACCAUGCACGGAGCCUUCCUCUCCGGCCUGCGCGAGGUGUUCCACGAUCCGAGGCGUCCGCCGGAUGUGGAGUUUGGCUGCUUUGCUGCGUUGUACGGUCCAAGGGGAAGCGCCUAUGAGGAUCAGGCAGUCCUGCGGGUGGAUGUUGGAUUGGGCCGCACCGGCCGCGGCAAAGCCAUGCCCAUCGUCGUCCCCAUGAAACGCACCGACGUUGCCAGGUGUGUUGCCAUUGUCCCAUACCUGUGGCAUGUCCCAUUACUGUUCUGUUGA